CAUGGAAAAUGCAGUAGGUAGGUAGAUUCAAGGAAUUUUACAUUGCUUGGUUUAAUUAAUAACCUGGAGAAACAUACAAGACCAAAUCUAAAAGCCAAUAUCGAUGUUAACUCUCAUCCAUUGCCAUUGGCCAGGUCCAACAAAAGAUACUCGAAGUCUAUAUAUAUAUGUUCCCCAAAUCACCUAUGCCAAAAGGCACAUAAACAACUAGCAUUAGCACUCACUACAUCUCAUUAAACAUGGCUUCAAGUAGCGGCUGCUAUCUUUGUGGUUUACUACUUCUGUUGGCUAUUGCUGCAACUGCUUCUUCAACACUAUCUCCGUCUUACUAUGAUCAAGUCUGUCCCAAUGCUUUAACCACUAUUAAACGUGUUGUCGAGGCUGCGGUUUCUAGAGAACGACGAAUGGGUGCUUCUUUGUUGCGCCUGCAUUUCCAUGACUGUUUUGUUAAUGGUUGUGAUGCUUCACUUCUUUUGGAUUCUUCUCCCUCUAUUGAUAGUGAAAAAAAUGCUGCUCCUAAUGUAAAUUCUGCAAGAGGAUUUGAAGUUAUUGACCAGAUUAAAUCAGAGGUGGACGAAGUAUGUGGACGCCCAGCAGUUUCUUGCGCAGACAUCCUAGCGGUUGCAGCUCGGGAUUCCGUAGUUGCGCUAGGGGGUCCAACAUGGGAAGUGCAGCUUGGAAGAAGAGACUCAACAUCAGCUAGUAGAACAAUGGCAGACACAGAUAUUCCAUCACCAUUUAUGGACCUUCCUGCACUUAUUGAAAAAUUCAAGAACCAAGGUCUUGACGAGGAAGAUCUUGUUGCACUUUCUGGUGCCCACACUUUAGGAUUUGCACAAUGUCGUGUAUUCAGAAAUAGAAUAUACAAUGAAUCAAAUGAUAUUGACCCGGAAUUUGCAGAGCAACGAAGAUCAAGCUGUCCAGGAACAGGUGGUGACGCGAACCUUUCGCCUCUAGACCCAACACCUGCAUAUUUUGACAUUUCGUACUUCACUAAUUUGAAAAAUAAUAAAGGGCUGCUUCACUCUGACCAGCAACUCUUCAGUGGUGGAUCGACUGAUGAAAUAGUGUUGAGCUAUAAUUCAGAUGCAGAAGAGUUUUGGGAGGAUUUUGCUGAGUCUAUGGUUAAGAUGGGGAAUAUUAAACCAUUGACAGGAAAUCAAGGCCAAGUUCGUUUGAACUGCAGGAAUGUAAAUUGAUUUUCCACAGUCAAAUAUUUCACAAAUAUAUAACCCACGUUGUUAUAUAUUGUCUUCCUUAUUAUUCUUGUAUCUUAUUUUUCGUUCGGCAUAAUAAUUCGUUGAUUUUAUUUUCUUCAAUAAAUUUUCUGCUCUUCAUUUUAGUGA